CCACCCGGAAGAAUCCCGAGGAUCUGAUUAUCGUCUUAGCAAAACUACAUACCUUAACUUGUGAUCAUAAAAAGUGUUGUAUUUUACAAUAAAAGACAAAAAUAAUUUCACAAGAAAGGAUAUUUAAACGACACGCAAAAUGUCGUCGGAGGAAUUCGAGAAGUUGCACGAAAUGUACCGAUCGUUGUACGAGGAGCUGAAGCUGAUGCCAGACAAGGCUCAGAAAUCUCACGGAGAGGAGAGGAAGAGGCUGGUGAGGACCUUCGAUGAGAGACAUGGGGAGGCUGAAGAAGUGUUACAAGGAAUGGAAGAGGAGCUGCGCGUUGCCCCUCCGUCCUAUCGAAAUUCAAUGAGCACAAAACUGCGUAUGUACCGGCGAGACCUCGGCAAGCUUCAGAGGGACAUGAAAAACUCAGCACCUGGCUUUGGCUCCUCGUACAACACAGUGCCAGGAAAUCAUGGCAUCUACUCUUCACAAAAUCAGCACAGUACACACCUGCAGUCCCAGAGAGCGUUGCUUCUUCAGGGUACGGAUGCUCUAAAUAACGCCAGCCAGAGUAUUGAGCGCAGCCAGCGCAUCGCUGCUGAGACGGAGCAAAUUGGCACAGAUAUCAUCGAGGAGUUGGGAGAACAGAGGGAACAGCUGGAUCGAACCAAAAACAGACUUGCGAAUACUGGAGAGAACCUGAGUCGUAGUAGAAAAAUUCUUCGUGCCAUGUCAAGGCGGCUGGUGACAAACAAGUUGCUACUGGGCAUCAUCAUUUUAAUGGAACUGGCCAUUCUGGGUGCUGUGAUUUACCUGAAGUUUUUCCGAAAAUGAGCAGACUUACGUUUAAGUUGUGGAUCCAGGGCAAACUCAGACUCUAUCUGUCUCUACUGACUAUCCAGUAGCAAUAAUAACACUGUCCUGCUGUUUUCAGCUAUCUGUGUCUGUGAUGGCAAUGAAGGCCUGAACUCUGACAGGGGAUUCUGUCCAUUAUUUGAUGUGAAUGGCAAUUUGCCAACUUGCUAAUGGACCAAACCUACAGAAGCUCUUUGAACUAAGAUUUGCACUGUCACUUGAUGCCAUUGAUGUCCUGCAGGAUGAUGAUCUGGACUUGUCUGCUGGCUGUUACGGAUCCCAUGGAUGAUUCUUUGUAGCAUCUUAGCUGAGUCAGAAAACAAGCUAAUUGAGCCCACAUGUCUCUCUGGGUGAAAGCACUUGUGAAAUGUGACUGACAGUUCUAGAAAGCUAUAACUCUCAGAUUGGGUUACAAAACUGCUCAAAUUCAACUGCUGAUGUGUGAAUAUCUUUUACAAUGUGAUGAAAAAGCACCUAACAAAAUAAUUUCUUUUCUGUGUUUAAGUGGUUGUGUGCUUAAAAAAAGACUUAAGUUUUAAAUCAGAUAUAUCAGUGAAAUAAAUUAAUGCAAUGUCUUAAUACAGUUCAUGUAAAAUUACUGUACAAUUCAAAAAUCACUGUUAUAAAUAGGUUUUUGGUUUCGGAUUUGAUUUCUUUCACAACAUUAAAGUUGAUCUUUAACCUCAGUUUGCAUCUGAUAUUUUUAAGGAAGGAAGCCAAACAGUUAAGAAUAAUACUCGGUGGAAGCCCUGAUCAGGUAAUAAAGGGUAAACAGCACCUGUUACCAUAGAGUUUAUUCUCAAAUAACUGACCAUAUGGUGAUUUCCAGUGGUGUUAAGGGAAACGGUACACCUGCUGCAAUGUUUUUCUAUUCCAUCAUGCCCACCUGGUGUGUUCUAGAGUAUACAAACAAGUUUGGUGACCUGGUUAUGUAUGACAGGGACAUUGUAGAAAGAAGGAAAUAUAAUUUUAAUGUGUUAAAAUAUUACCUUUGAAUUUCUUUAAAUCCUUUCCAUCUUCUUAAGCACAAAGGGAACAUUCUAGGGUUUUAUAACCUAAUUUAAAAUAAAUCUCUUUCAAUAAAAAGCCAGGACACUGUAUAAAAUACAAGUGCAAACAGAAUGCAGUGAUUUAGUUAAAAAAUGAUACUCAGAUAACUUUUCCAUUUUUUUACAUGCUCACAUGUUUCCAACAACGAAACAUGCUGCUGGCAAAUAUUUUCAGUGUGACAUAUUUGAAUUGCAGGCUGGCCGGUUUAGCAGUUUCGAGUAGGUAUGGAUACAUAUGUUACUGUCAUACAUACAGAGUGUGUUUGGGUAUGGUCUUGCUGAAAUACAAAAGGUCUUACCCGAAAAAUUCUAUGUUUUGAUUGUUCCUGUGCUAUUUUUUAAAGAAUUAAAUAGCUUUUCUAGUCUUGUUUCUCUCUUCAACCAUUUCUGAAACCUGUUGCUGGCAUGAGGUUUAAAAUGACUGUAACUGUUUUUUA